AUGUGUUUUCUGGGACGCACCAGCACGGGAGCAUCUAGCGGCAUUGGACUUAGUCUCGUGAGGCAUCUCGCCAUUCGAGGCUGUUAUUUGAUACUUUCGAGCAGAAAAGAAGAAGAUUUGAAGGCAGCGCGAGAGAACGCUAUAGUUUCCGCGCGGGCUGCCGGGCUAAACCGGUCGGAGAAAGAUUUUUUAAUCAUCCCAUUCGAUAUGAAAGAAAGAGAGGUAUUCAUGGAUGUCGUGGAGACAGCAAGAAAGUGGAAAGGAAGGAUCGACUUCCUUUUUAGCAAUGCAGGAGUCGCUUGCAGGGGAAUAAUGCUUCCUUCAGCAAUCGAUCAGGAAAUUCUUGACGUCAAUCUCUGCUCACAGAUGCACUUCGUAAAACUGGUGGUGGCAUUGAUGAUGCAACAGCACAAGGGCCAGGCGAUUAUUACCAACUCAAUGAGCGCGAGGAUUUCUCUGGGAGGUAGAACGGCUUAUAGCGCAGCAAAGGCAGGGCUGCUGAACUUCGCUUACGGAUUGUCUCGAGAACUGCGCGGCAUGCACAGUCCCGUCGUCAUCACAAGCGUGUUGCCUGGGUAUAUCAAGACCAAUUUGUGCGACAGGGAGCUAUACGCAGAUAACCUUUCUCUCUCGAAAGGAGCCCAUAUGGCUGAAGAUAUACAAAAAGGUUUGUCUGCGGACCGCACGGCAGAGUUAAUUUUACGUGGGAGCUCUCGGAGGCUAAGGGAAGUUUGGGUAGGGAAAAAUCCCGACCUGUUCUACAUGUACUGUAUGUACUACGUACCUAAUAUUGCAAAUAGAGUGGUGGACCAGGGCGCUGGGGCAUAUUUGCGCAGCAUUGAACACGAGAUACGAGAACGGCACUAUGCUCAGCGCCGUGCCACGUUGCUUGCUGAGAAAGAGAAAGGCAAGGAAGAGACGCAGGCCCUUUUGCCACCUGUUACGGAUGGACCGACAGACAGCGCUUUUGAGUUUGAGAGUCACCCAGGGUUACUGAAGGAGAAAGACGACGGAGCAAGCCUAGCAGACCGCUUGCUGCCUGGCGAAGCUGGAGCUGGGUUGCUGAGAAGGUACUCUCGUCACUUAUUCCCGCUGGCGCUGCAGAUGUCGCUAGCGUUGCAGCCGAGGCUGUAG